GCGCCGCGGUGUAUGCCGGGAGCAGUGAGGCGGCCUGACCGAACCCGGACACCGAAUAGGGGAUCCCGUGCCCUGCCGCGCUCCACCCCCACCCGGGACUGCAGGGAGCACCGGGGCCGGCGCAGGAAGUGUCUGGGAUCUCCCUACUGCCCCGGUGUACGGACCCGGCAUCUCCCCCCUCCCGUGUGCGGCCCCCGGGAUCCCCCCCCCCCCCUCCAGACCCACCGGCCCGGUCCAUGCUGAACGGAACACAAAGCCCGGAUCAGGAUAACGCGUUAGUGGAGGGAUACCGGGAGGACACAGCAAGAUGAUGUGCGAAGUGAUGCCGACCAUCAGCGAGGCUGAGAUGCCUCCGGGGGGGAACGGGAGCCACGGAUCGGGCUCGCCCCAACAGACCGACUCCGAUUCCCACUUUGAGCAACUCAUGGUGUCCAUGCUAGAAGAAAGGGACCGGCUGCUGGACACACUAAGGGAGACCCAGGAGACUCUGGCCUUGAAUCAGGGCAAACUCCAGGAGGUCACUCACGAGCGGGACUCUUUACAGCGGCAGCUGAACACGGCCCUGCCUCAGGAAUUUGCGGCGCUGACUAAAGAGCUGAAUAUCUGCCGGGAGCAGCUGCUGGAGCGAGAGGAAGAAAUCGCAGAGCUGAAGGCUGAGAGGAACAAUACCCGGCUUCUUCUGGAACACUUGGAGUGUCUGGUCUCCCGUCACGAGCGCUCUCUCAGGAUGACGGUGGUGAAGAGACAGGCCCAGUCCCCCGCUGGAGUCUCCAGUGAAGUCGAAGUUCUGAAGGCCCUGAAGUCUCUUUUUGAACAUCACAAAGCUUUAGAUGAAAAGGUGAGGGAGCGCUUACGAGUAGCGUUGGAGAGGUGUAGCCUAUUGGAAGAAGAGCUCGCUGUAACGCACAAAGAGCUGAUGAUCUCACGAGAGCAGAACAAUCAGAAGAAAAGCUACAUUGAUGGGAAUACAGAUCACGACCUGGACAAUGUCCCCAACACUAAUGGCAAGAGAUUAUCCGACGGCUCUAUAAACCACGACGAAGACCUGUCUAAAGUCAUGGAGCUUCAGGAUGUCAUCGAGAAGCAGUCCAAGGAGCAGAGUCAGAUGAAGGAACGCCUCGCCAUCCUGUCUAACCGGGUUACCGAACUGGAGGAAGAUUUGGACACGGCGAGGAAAGAUCUCAUUAAAUCUGAAGAGAUGAACACUAAGCUGCAACGUGACGUACGGGAGGCCAUGGCCCAGAAGGAGGAUAUGGAAGAGAGGAUCACGACUCUCGAAAAACGCUACCUCGCCGCUCAGCGCGAAGCCACCUCUGUGCACGACCUCAACGAUAAACUUGAAAACGAAAUUGCUAACAAGGAAUCGGUACUCCGCCAGAGUGAAGAAAAGAACCGGCAGAUACAGGAACGGCUGGAACUGGCAGAGCAGAAGCUUCAGCAGACGAUACGGAAAGCAGAAACCCUGCCUGAGGUGGAGGCGGAGUUGGCGCAGAGGGUCGCCGCCCUCUCAAAGGCCGAGGAGAGACACGGCAAUAUUGAAGAGCGGUUACGUCAGAUGGAAUCUCAGCUGGAAGAGAAGAACCAGGAGCUACAGCGGGCCCGGCAGAGGGAGAAGAUGAACGAAGAGCACAAUAAGCGCCUGUCCGAAACCGUGGACAAACUGCUGUCCGAGUCCAAUGAGCGGCUCCAGCUCCACCUGAAGGAGAGGAUGGCGUCCCUGGAGGACAAGAAUUCCCUCAUCAGAGAUGUGGAGUCUGCCAAGAAGCUCAUUGACGAAAUUCAGCACGAGAAGGAGCAACUGCUGCUUGAAAUAGAAACCCUCCGAGCGGAGAAUGAGCAGGUCAGGAUACGGGCAGCUUCCCUUCACCACAGCCGGCCUCACCUGGGCAGUGUUCCUGACUUCAGAUAUGCUCUUGCUCCUUCUUCCUUGUCUGAUGGACAUCCCGAGUCGUACAGUUCUUCACUGGUCCUACGCAGGCCGCAGAAAGGACGGCUAGCUGCUUUACGGGACGAGCCCUCUAAGGUACAGACGCUCAAUGAGCAGGACUGGGAGCGAGCCCAGCAGGCUAAUGUCCUGGCCAACGUCGCCCAAGCUUUCGAAAGUGACGUCGACAUUUCCGACAUGGAGGACGACAGAGACACCAUUUUCAGCUCUGUAGAUCUCCUCUCCCCGUGCGGCCAAGCAGAUGCCCAGACGCUCGCUGUUAUGUUGCAGGAACAAUUGGACGCGAUCAAUAAGGAAAUCAGGUUAAUACAGGAGGAGAAGGAAAACACGGAGCAAAGAGCGGAGGAGAUAGAGUCUCGGGUGGGCAGCGGAAGUUUAGACAAUAUGGGCCGCUUCAGGUCGAUGACAUCUAUUCCUCCUUCCUUCACCGGCACAUCCCUCGCUGGGUCGUCCCCGCCUGGCAGUGGCCGAUCAACCCCUAGAAGAAUCCCGCACAGCCCGGCACGUGAAGUGGACAGGCUCGGCGUCAUGACUUUGCCUAGCGAUUUAAGGAAAUAUCGUAGAAAGCCUCCAGGUACUGAUCCUCGUGAUGACAAAACUACAAUACGGUGCGAGACCUCCCCUCCUUCCUCACCCAGAUCUUUACGGUUAGGUUCGGUUCAUAAAGGAGCGUUGCACACAAUGAGUCACGAGGACAUCCGGGACAUUAGAAACUCCACCGGCUCGCAGGACGGACAGGUCAGCAAUCCCAGCAGCAGUAACAGCAGCCAAGACUCUCUCAACAAAGCCCCGAAGAAGAAAGGAAUCAAGUCAUCCAUUGGACGCUUGUUUGGCAAAAAAGAAAAGGGUCGUCCUGGACAAAUGGGCAAAGAGUCUCUUGGACCAGGAGGAAUUCCAGAAUUUGAAAGCACCUCCCAGGAAUCCCUUGGACUCGCGAAGCUCGGAGGACCAGUAGAGAAGAACCGAAAGCUCCAGAAGAAGCACGAGCUGCUGGAAGAAGCCCGCCGGCAGGGGCUGCCAUUUGCACAGUGGGACGGUCCGACCGUGGUGGUAUGGUUGGAGCUCUGGGUCGGGAUGCCCGCCUGGUACGUGGCCGCAUGCCGAGCCAAUGUGAAAAGCGGGGCCAUAAUGUCGGCUCUUUCGGACACCGAAAUCCAGAGAGAGAUCGGCAUUAGUAACCCCCUGCACAGGUUAAAGUUGCGACUCGCCAUCCAGGAGAUCAUGUCCCUGACCAGCCCGUCUGCUCCUCCCACAUCAAGAACGUCCACGGGAAAUGUCUGGGUUACACACGAAGAGAUGGAAACUCUUACGGCCUCUCCACAAACGGACGAUGAGGAGGGGAGCUGGGCUCAGACGUUGGCCUACGGGGACAUGAACCACGAGUGGAUCGGGAACGAGUGGCUGCCCAGCCUGGGGUUGCCGCAGUAUCGCAGUUACUUCAUGGAGUGCCUUGUCGACGCCAGGAUGCUGGACCAUCUAACAAAGAAGGACCUCAGGGGCCAGUUAAAAAUGGUCGACAGUUUCCAUAGGAACAGCUUCCAGUGCGGCAUCAUGUGCUUACGGAGGCUAAACUACGACCGGAAAGAGCUGGAACGGAAAAGGGAGGAAAGUCAGAAUGAAAUCACAG